GUUAAUUUAGCCAGAAAAAAGGGGGCGGGAAGGGCUGUGGGGCUAACCUGUCAAUUCGCUACCAUGAACGUGGUUUUUGCUGUGAAGCAGUACGUUUCCAAAAUGAUAGAGGACAGCGGACCGGGUAUGAAAGUACUUCUCAUGGAUAAAGAGACGACUGGCAUUGUGAGUAUGGUAUACACACAAUCAGAGAUUCUUCAGAAAGAAGUGUACCUUUUUGAACGCAUUGAUUCUCAAAAUCGAGAGAUCAUGAAACAUCUGAAAGCAAUUUGUUUUCUUCGACCUACGAAGGAGAAUGUGGAUUAUCUGAUUCAAGAGCUCCGGAGACCAAAAUACAGUAUAUAUUUUAUUUAUUUCAGUAAUGUGAUCAGCAAGAGUGAUGUGAAGUCAUUAGCUGAAGCUGAUGAACAGGAAGUCGUGGCUGAGGUUCAGGAAUUUUAUGGUGAUUACAUUGCUGUGAAUCCACAUUUGUUUUCCCUGAAUAUUUUGGGUUGCUGCCAGGGUCGAAAUUGGGAUCCAGCCCAGCUAUCCAGAACAACUCAAGGACUGACGGCUCUCCUUCUAUCUCUGAAGAAGUGUCCCAUGAUUCGUUAUCAGCUUUCAUCAGAGUCAGCAAAGAGACUUGCAGAAUGUGUUAAGCAAGUAAUAACUAAAGAAUAUGAACUGUUUGAAUUCCGGCGGACUGAGGUUCCUCCGUUGCUGCUUAUUUUAGAUCGUUGCGAUGAUGCCAUCACCCCAUUGCUAAACCAGUGGACAUAUCAGGCCAUGGUCCAUGAACUACUGGGCAUAAACAACAAUCGGAUUGAUCUUUCCAGAGUGCCGGGGAUCAGUAAAGACUUAAGAGAGGUGGUCCUAUCUGCUGAAAACGAUGAAUUCUAUGCUAAUAAUAUGUACCUGAACUUUGCUGAGAUUGGUAGCAAUAUAAAGAAUCUCAUGGAAGACUUUCAGAAGAAGAAACCAAAAGAACAGCAAAAACUAGAAUCAAUAGCAGACAUGAAGGCCUUUGUUGAGAAUUACCCACAGUUUAAGAAGAUGUCUGGGACGGUAUCAAAGCAUGUGACAGUGGUUGGAGAGCUGUCUCGGUUGGUCAGUGAGCGGAAUCUGCUGGAGGUUUCAGAAGUUGAGCAAGAACUGGCCUGUCAGAAUGACCAUUCUAGUGCUCUCCAGAAUGUAAAGAGGCUCCUGCAGAACCCCAAAGUGACAGAGUUUGACGCUGCCCGCCUAGUGAUGCUUUAUGCUCUACAUUAUGAGCGACACAGCAGCAACAGCCUGCCAGGACUAAUGAUGGACCUCAGGAAUAAAGGUGUUUCUGAGAAGUAUCGAAAGCUUGUGUCUGCAAUAGUUGAAUAUGGCGGUAAACGGGUCAGAGGAAGUGACCUCUUCAGCCCCAAAGACGCUGUGGCUAUUACCAAACAGUUCCUCAAAGGAUUGAAGGGAGUAGAAAAUGUGUAUACUCAACAUCAACCUUUCCUACAUGAGACCCUGGACCAUCUCAUCAAAGGAAAGCUUAAGGAAAACCUGUACCCUUAUCUAGGCCCCAACACACUCAGAGACAGACCUCAGGAUAUCAUUGUGUUUAUAAUUGGAGGAGCCACCUAUGAAGAGGCUCUAACAGUUUAUAACCUGAACCGUACCACUCCUGGAGUGAGGAUUGUCCUGGGAGGAACCACAGUGCAUAACACAAAAAGUUUCCUAGAGGAAGUUCUGGCUUCCGGACUGCACAGCAGAAGCAAGGAGAGCUCUCAAGUUACAGCGAGGUCCACAAGCAGACGGUGAACCUGAACCGGCGCGGGGAGAGGAGGCACAGGGCGAGGAGGCCGGCGCAGCUCGCCCUCAACCUCCCU